AACGAUUUUAUCCUUACUUCAAGAAUUGUAUAGGUGCAGUUGACGGGACACAUGUUCGUGUCAAAGUACCUAACAAAGAUGCCCCUAGAUAUCGUGGUCGCAAGGGAUACCCUACGAUAAAUGUCUUAGCUGCUUGUACAUUUGAUUUAAAAUUUACGUACAUUUUAAGUGGUUGGGAGGGUACAGCAUCAGACUUAAGGAUACUAAAGAAUGCACUCAAUAGAGAAGAUAAACUAGUAAUUCCAAAGGGUCGAUACUAUUUGGUAGAUGCUGGUUUGCCCCAUACAACUACACUAAUGGCACCAUAUCGCGGUGUCAGAUAUCAUUUGAAAGAGUAUUCUGCUCGGGCCCUUGAGAAUGCAAAAGAGUUGUUUAAUCUCCGUCAUGCUUCAUUACGUAACGCUAUAGAACGGGCAUUUGGUGUUUUAAAGAGAAGGUUUCCUAUCAUUAGAAGUACACAAGAACCUUUUUAUUCCUGUGAAACACAAUCAGACAUUUUCUUGGCAUGUUGUAUUUUACAUAACUUUUUGUUAGAAGAAGAUCGAGACAAAAAUCUUGAAGAUGAGGUCCUACAAGAAAUGUUAAAUGAACCAUGAGAGGAAAUGUGCCAUAAUAUAAAAGAGACAAAUCAGGGUAAUGCUGCGGCAGAGCAAAUGAGGAACUUAAUUGCAAAUCAAAUGUGGACUGAUUACUUGCCAAAUCGAAACAAUGAGAUCGAUAUGUCAAUGUAGCUACUAGUUUUUAUUAUAACAUUUCAAUUUGAUUUUGUUUGGAUCUUUUGUGUUUGACUUGAUUUUGUAUGAAUCGUUACUGUUUUGACUUUAUUUGUGUUAUUUAUCUUUUGGACAUGUUAUUUACUCAUUAUUUGUACAUCCUCUAAGUAAGUAUUUUUUAUGUUAUCAAUGCUUGGUUUGUUUAUUUAUGAUGUUAUGCAGGUCAAGAUGAUGAAGGAAGAACAAGUUACUAAGAAAGAACACAUAAAAUGGACAGAUUGGAUGGAUUCUUGUUUUAUUCAAUAUAUGAUGACACAAGAUGACAAAGGAUUAAGGAUUAGUGGGAGUUUCAUCCCACAAGCGUACUCUAACAUGGUGGAGGAGCUUAAUCAAAAGUUUGGGAAGAGUUUAACAAAAAGUCAUCUAAAGAAUCGUUUGAAAACUUUAAAAUCAGGUUUCUCGCAAUGGUUUGACAUGUUCCGCGGAACUUCAUUGAGUGGGUUCGGUUGGAAUUCUGAAACACAACUAAUUGAAGCGGACGAGGAAGUGUGGGCCAACCUAAUUAAUUUAAAGCCAGAGGCAAUUUCAUUGAAGUCCAAAAAAUACCAAACUACAAUGAAAUGAUAGCUUUGUUUGCGAGAGAUAGGGCUUCAGGGGUGCAUGCUGAAACCCCGAAAGAGAAGAAUGCUCGAUUGAACAAGACUGGGGAUAUCAAAGUAGAAACAAUUGAAGAAGUGGAUCAGUUACUAGCAAGCAAUGACAUAACACUUGAGAAACAACAAAAAAAUAAUGAUGAUGAUGAUGAUGGUCUUGAUGAUAUUCAAGUGUUAUCUCCUACAUGCUUUUCACCGGUGCAAAAUUCAAGUUCUAAGAAGUACAAAACUAAAAAAAGGAAACAUGAAAUUGAAGAUGAAGAUGAACCUGAAGUUGAACCUGAAUCGUUUGAAAAGGUUAUUAUGCGUGCAGUUAAAGAUGUGGCUUCUGCUAUGAGGGAGGGUAACAAAAUCUUCGAAAACUCUCAUCAUCGAGUUUAUACUGGUGAUGAAAUUUAUAAAGAGUUGGAGCCAAUGGAUUUGGAACCCGAUGAAUUAGCGGAAGCUCUCAUGUUUUUGUCGCGAAAUCAAUCUAAUGCGGGGACGUUAUUUAGAGUUCCAUUUAAAAUACGAAAAAGUUUGCUGAAAAAAAUGAUGGGGGCAAGUAAAUGACUUACUUAGGAUGAUAGUUUUUUGAUUUUUUUAUUAGUUUGACUUCAUACUUUUUGGUUUUUGGUUUGAGUUCAUACAUUGGAAUUUGUUUGAUUAUUCUUGCAUUGACUUUAAAUUGGUUUCUUAUGAAUUUGUUUGAUUAUUGAUACAUUUAUGUUAUUUUUGG